AUGUCCCUGGUCGGACGACUUUGGAAGGUUCUAACGCAAGUUAAGACGAUAUCUUUUGUCACGCCGUUCCACCGGUACUUCUUCAUUAACGAUACGGCUAUCUCGUACCCCUUUGCCGAGCACGAGCGCGUGCCCGUUUUCAUGAACAUUGUCUACGCCUUCUUCAUCCCCAUCGGCUUCCUGGUUGCCGUCAACAUCGCCUGGGGAUCUAGCGGCCUCAAACAUGAGGCCACGUACCUCCCUCUCGCCAUCUCCGUCACCCUGACUGCUUUCCUGACGGACAUCAUUAAGAACGCUGUUGGUCGUCCCCGUCCCGACUUGCUGGCCCGUUGCAACCCAGCAGGUGACCUCCCCAUUGGCUCACCGCUCGACAUCUCUGCCUGCACCACCCCCCACGACAGCCACAGGCUUCAGGAUGGCUGGCGCUCCUUCCCCUCGGGCCACUCGUCCUUCUCCUUUGCUGGUCUGGGAUUUACCUCUCUCUACCUGGCUGGUCAGCUAGGCGUCUUCCGUCCCGGCGCUCGCGAUCUAGGCCGUGCCCUGUUCUGCUUCAUCCCUCUCGUUGGCGCCAUGCUCAUCGCCAUCUCUCGCUGCGCGGAUUACCGCCACGAUGUGUACGAUGUGUGCUUUGGCUCUGCCCUCGGAUACGCUGUCGCCUACUGGAGCUACCGUCGCCACUGGCCCCGUCUGUCCAGCCAGCGCAGCCAUGAGCCUUACCCGCCCCCCGGAAAAGAGUUCAUCGAGGACGAAGAUACGGUCAGAUGGCAACGUGUCCGCGAUGAGGAGGAGCCUUACCCCCAUGUAGGAAACGAACUGGAUAUCAUAUAG